CAUGCCGGUGUGCGCCGCCGCCGCGCCAUGCCGUGCCGUGUCAACGCCGCCCGCGCACGCCAGCUCGAAACCACACGCCGCGGCCGCCGCUGGAUUCGCCGCGACCCUCCUCCAAAACCAGCAGAUCGAGCACCACCGCGCCAUAAGAGCAGCGACGCCCCCCCGCCUCUUCUUCCUCGUCUCGAUCCAAGAAGCAGAGAGGAGAGGGAUUCUUGUUUUCUUGAUCAUCCAUGGCGCGGCUGCGGCGUGGUCUCGAACACCUGGAGCGGCGGUACGCGUUCUACGCGGCGUACCACUCCAACCCGGCGAACGUGCUCGUCCACGCCGUGUGCGUGUGGCCCAUCCUCCUCACCGCGAUGCUCCCGCUCCGGUACGCGCCGCCGCUGCCGCUGCUCCGAUUCUACUGCCCGCUCUGCCGCCAGUACCUCCCCGUGCAGCUCGGCUUCCCCGUCGCCGUCGCGCUGGGCGCGUACUACGCGCUCAUGGACCGCCGCGCGGGCGCCGCCGCCGCGGCGCUCUGCGUCGCCGGGUGGGCCGCCGGGACGCUCCUCGCCGACGCCGCGGGGCUCUGGACGUUCCGCGACGCGUGGAGGCCGCUGCUCACCGCGCAGGCCGUGCUCUGGUCCGCCCAGUUCUUCUCCCACGCCUUCUUCGAGAAGCGGCGGCCGGCGCUGGUGGAUGGCCCGGUGCAGGCGGUGGUGACGGCGCCGCUGUUCGUCUUCAUCGAGGUGCUGCAUAGGUUGUUCGGGUACGAGCCGACGCCGGGGUUCUACAAGCGCGUCCAGGCGAGGGUGGCGGCGAUGCACAACGGGCCGCCGGCACCGGCGCCGGCGCCGGAGAAGAAGGAGGAGGAGGAGAAGGAGAACGUGAGCAAGGCGACGCAGGAGGAGAGCGCCGAGAAGGAUUCGUAGGUGUUUUCGAGGGAGAGUGUGACAGACAGGAGAGGCAGAGCUCGGGAUGUUAUGAACUUGUAAUAGCUUGUUCAUGUAUAGUAGUAGUAUAAUAAUAAUACUAAGAAAAUAAAUGAGUUUAAUUUUCAUCUUGA